GCAGUUUCGGUUCCAAUCGGUACCUUACCUGUCAAAAUGGCCGACCUGGCCACGCCCUUGCAUUACCUAGUGCUGUAACGCUGCUCACACACUCACGCGGACAGGAAGUGGAAGAGUCGAUACACCACGCGCUGCCUCGAGCGUACUCGAGCAAGAAAUGUGGCGUAAUAAAGUCUCAGCUCUGGACGUGAAGCGAUGAGAUGUGUGCAGAUAUCCGGAUGAGAUUUCCCUCCGGAUCCGAGAGAAGAGCCUCGUAGGGCAGCAUGUCCUCCUCGGGAGUCCCGCUUCGGCUUUUACUUCUCACGUGCGUCGCCUCCACUGUGUCCGGAGUCCUGAAGCUGACCGUCACCCCUGACAGAGGCACCGUCUUCAACAUCAGCAGUAGUCAGGUCAAGGGUUGCAAAGUGUGCACGGGGGCAGGAAGCUCACGGCAAUGUAGCCCGUCCCUCGUGAUUAAAGACGGCCCUCCGGUCUCGAUGGAGUUUGAGUGCUCCCGGCCUCAAGAUGUGUUCAGCGUGGAAAUUGUGCGAAGUAUAGAAUGUACCACAAAGUUGUGCAAUGGCCACAUCAUCCUGGCGGCCUCCGACUCACUUCCUUUGCUGAAUUUCAACCGCAAGUUCACCUGGAACCUGAAGGCAUCUGCGCCGAAAGCGUUGAAAAUAGAUUUCAGCCCCUCGGGUAUGAGACAGAUCAAUCCAUCUGAGAGAUGUCCAGACAGACAGCGCUACACCCUGCAGGCCUUCCAGACUACGGGGAGCGUGACUGUGGGGAAGUACUGCAGAACGGGCCCUGUCGGUACCGCUCAGGUGCCCAACCAGGGGAGCUUUUCUCUGGAGGUCCCAGCUGGCCAGAAACUGCCAAAUAGCCGGUUUGACGUGUCUGUCGGGGAGGAAAUCAAAACUCUUGCCAAAAUUACCCUGAUGUUACCAAAAGGGACCUCGUCCACCGAGUUGCUCUCGCCGAACUACCCGGACAGUUUUCCUGAUGACGACGUGAUGGAGUGGUACUUUCAGGUCCCGGAUAACCAAAAGACAGCCAUUCAGUUCUUGAAUCUCACGCAGCCGCUUUGUCUGAAGAAGGAUACCGCGAUGGAGUACCACAGCAACGCGAGACGGGCGACGGUGCGGAGUCUAAAAGAGCCGCAGCCGGAAGACAUGCAGGGAAAGUUCGGCCUGAAGCUGAGGAACUGCGAGAUGGACAGAAGGCGUGUCGGUUCUCCGGGGCUGUCGCUGAAGCUCAGGGUGUCUUCUUCAAGAGCAAGAUCAACAGUGUCGUGUAAAGUGGACGUGAGCCGAAUGGAGGGCCUCACUCUUCACAUCGAGAGGGUGAGACCGGCCUCCGACUGCCAGAUGAAGAUGAACUCUGUGCCCAAGGAGAAGAUCACAGUUGCAUCAAAGAGCGAGCUGACUUUCCAGGACUGCUUUCCUGAAGACGUGCAUGUCACCGCCAUGAGAGUCAUAGAGUGUCGUCGCCUCAAAGACUGCCCGAAGACGCCGGCCCGUCUGUCGGUCCCCGUGCUGCCGACCUGUCUCCCCGCCCCUCUGAGUAGUGUGACCUGGACCCUCCGUCCUCCCCCGCACGGCACAGUGGAGCUGACCUCUCCCACUGAGGCCCUCAAGCAGUCCCUCCCUGGGCAGCAGUGCAACAGCAGCAUCCUUAUCAAAGUGGCCGAAGACGACGGCACUCCCAUCGGACACUUCUGCCCUCAGGGAGCCAUACAUACGGUCCAAAUCCACACCAACAUGUCCGUCACGGUGUCCGGCGUGGAGGGCAAAGCCCUACGGACGCCUUUCAAGCAUGUGCUGAAUGCCCUUUUUAAAGGGGAGAUAUCAGAAAGAUACAUAUUCACGGUGUCUCCGAAGAGAGGCACUCCCGUCCUGCUGGCCACUCCUGGUUGGCCAGUAGGAAUGAAGUCCUACUCCACCGUCUCCUGGAUCGUCUCCGUGCCUCCGAAGAUGGACGCCCAUCUGAUGUUCGCCAACGUCAGCCAGCCCAAGUGCAGCAACCGUCACGCGAACAUCAAGGUGCAGAGGGUGGGCUUUCCGAAGGCGGAGUACAGCCGCAGGGAGGACGAGGAUGCAGAGAGCGAGCUCGCCGUCUCGGGGAACUUCUACCUUAACAUGUCCAACUGUAUGCCGGAAAAAGGGUAUUUCAGCGUUAUCACCGAGGUCUCCCUGCGGAAGAGCAAGAACCUUCUGCUGACCGUCAUCCUGAGUGUGGUGGGGGCUCUGUUGGUCCUCGUUGUCGCCGUGCUGGUGGUUGUCUGUGUGGUAAUCAGGAAGAAGAAGAAGAAGCUGAAUCAUCAAGUGUCCAUCUACAAUCCAAACGGCACCAGCUUCUUGCCGGGGCACAACGGCUUCCCAAAAACCCGCGAGGACAACGAGUCCCACGUGUACGCCUCCAUUGAGGACACGCUGGUCUACACGGACCUGCUGAGGAAGGGGGCAGAGAUGGGAGUCUAUGGGGAGUUUGACUCGCACCAGCCCUUAACGGGGCACACCGACUCACAGAAGCCCCUGGUCUCGAGAGACGGCGAUACAGACGACUUGCCCGUCGGGACUUACCAGCAGUUUCAGGCUCCUCCCCUUCCCGUCAGGCCCCUGAGCCACGGCCAACCCAUGGUGGACAAUGUGCUGUACCAGACUGACGGUGAAGAGGAACACUCUCCGAGUCUGGGGCCGCGGCUGGAGCCAGAGGGCGGGAACUGAGGAGAAGAUUGGAUUCAGCGUUCUGCUUUUCACUCGACCUACUUGAACUUGGAGACGUUCGUUCCCUGGCGUCCUUGUGAUUACCUGCUUUGCAAGAAGCCUUUUGUUUUCUCUCGAGCGUAGUUUUGCACCACAGCCAUGGCACACAAAAUAACCCUGUUGAAACCCGCCUGCAGCCUUUGACCUCGUUUCAUCUUCGAUGAGCGCAGAUCAAAAUCAUCCUCUCGGUUUUGCCACUUUAAACAUAUCUCUGGUACUUUAAGGAAAUUAAUAUUUUUCCUCUGAUAGAUUUUGUACAUAUCCUGGUUGUUUGUGCAGGAGCAGAUGUGGAUGCUGUUUACAUGCAGAGUUGUUCCUUGUUUCAGCAUUAAACCCACACAGAGGAAUCCACUGCUGUUACAAUGCAGUUUUAUAGCGUCAUCACAACAUGAUGUCCGAGUGGCAGGAGAUUGCCACAGCUGUGCAUUUGCACCAGCGAGUAACUUUUAAUUGUUUAUCACCUGCUAUGGAGACUUGUAGACACUGUCGCAAAACACCACACAUGUGCCUUACAGAGAGGGAAAUGUGAUCAUGUUAACACCGUCUAGGAUCUUGGAGUGUUUUUUAGUUGUCCUUUAGUUAAAAAAAAAAGAUUGUUUUGGUUCUUUGUUGGACCUGUUCUUUUGGGAACUUCAAGGCUGAUCUGCUGCUAGUCAAGUGAUGUGUUUCUGUGUUUUUUUGUUUGACGAAUAAGAAUCCCUAGUCAAGGACUAUAUAUUUCAGACUAAAAUCCCUGUACAAGCUUAAUUGCAGUCUGUGAGCCAAACGUUAUCUUUGUUGGUUGACUGAGUUGUGUUCUUGUUAAGCGGUAGCUUUUAAUAGAGGGUGUAAAGGGUCUGUUCUGGGUCUGUUCUGUGUCUAGUCCUUCUACUCUGUCUACUGUGUCUUCUCUGUUUCCUUGAUUGUUUCAUCCCCUUCACCUGUCCUCAGCCACUCUCGUCUCGUUACCGUCUCAUGUCGUACACCUGUUUUCCCUCCUAUAUAUUGUGCCACUCUUUCCCUUGUCUGUUGCUGGAUUGUUGUCUUUUUUCCCGUCGUCCUGUGUAUAUGUUCCCAUCGUGGAUCCUGCCUGUUUUCGACCCUGCCUGCCCCUUUUGGACCUUGUUGGUUUUUGUGUGGAAACAUUUGCCUCAUUAAAGAGCGCCUUUUUGUUAAUCUA